AUGAUCACCCGAAUAUCAUACGAAGGCAAGAUGGCAAGCAAGACGACGAAGCCGAUGGGUCACGAAAAGCGGAAGGGAGAGGCCGCUCUCAGCGAUUUUGCCGAGUAUGUCGAAAAGCAGCAGGCUCUGCGCUAUCCUAGCUCCAAGACAGGCCCGUCCAACUCCGGACCCGCCCCGGAGGAGGAUCCUCACCAUCACGCCGAACUCGAUGACAUUCUCGAUGCCCUCGAUCUCUCCGACUCAGGACCCCGCGUGCCCCUACGCGAGUUGCUGCUCGGCACCGAUGAGAACACAAUGCAGAAACUCGUCGAGCUAGUCACGGAGCGGCUGGAAGAGGGCCACGGCGAGACUUUGUACGAAGUGGGUUUCGAGAACAAUGGCGACUCGAUGCAUUUCACCAAAGCCGAUUGGACUUCGGCAUUCGAUCGGCUGAAGGAGGCUGCGAGUAUAGCCCGCGCCUCUUGCCAGCUGUUAUUGACCAAGAAUGUCGGCGGCGAAGUUGAAGGCUCGACGAAUGCCAAAGACAAGGAUUGCAGUGGGAAGGUACUUAUUCGACAGAAUCCCGCAACGGUGGAGGAUGUUAUUGAGACGAGAAUUGCUGUUGUCGGCAAUGUUGAUGCUGGAAAGAGCUCCAUGCUCGGAGUUCUUGUGAAAGGUGACCUGGAUGAUGGCCGUGGCAAGGCCCGAGUCAACCUCUUCAGACAUAAGCACGAGAUCGAAACCGGUCGAACAAGUUCCGUCGGGAUGGAAAUCAUGGGAUUCGACACCGAUGGCAACGUCAUCACUUCUGAUACUCCUGGAAGAAAGCUGUCGUGGGAAGAGAUUGGCAAGCGGAGCGCUAAAGUCAUCACAUUCACUGACCUGGCAGGCCAUGAACGAUACUUGCGAACCACAGUCUUUGGGCUUCUGUCUAGCAGCCCAAAUUACUGCCUGCUCAUGGUGGCAGCCAACAACGGGCUCAUCGGCAUGAGCAAAGAGCAUCUUGGUAUUGCGCUAGCCCUCAAUGUGCCUGUCAUGGUUGUCAUCACCAAGAUCGACAUAUGCCCACCUCACAUCCUUGAGCAGACAAUCACACAGAUCCAGAAGAUCCUGAAGAGUCCAGGCGCAAGAAAGAUCCCUAUCUUCAUAAACAGCCGCGAGGAAUGCAUAAACACUGCCACCCAGUUCGUCAGCCAGCGUAUAUGUCCGAUCUUCCAGGUCUCCAAUGUCACUGGUGAGAACCUCGACCUGGUCCGAACAUUUCUCAACAUCCUCCCGCACUACGGACGAUACGAUGCUGACGCUCCUUUCGAAUUUCACAUAAACGAUACCUUUUCUGUGCCCUUUGUGGGGACCGUCGUCUCCGGCAUUGUCAAGUCAGGGGUCAUUCAUGCUGGAGAUAAUGUACUCGUUGGUCCUGAUUCCUUGGGCCAGUUCACCACGACCAGCAUCCGUUCGAUAGAGAGGAAACGCCUUGGCGUUCCAGCUGCAUCUGCAGGCCAGUCAGCCUCGUUUGCUUUGAAGAAAGUUAGGAGAAAGGAUGUCAGAAAGGGAAUGGUUGUCUUGCCCAAAAUUGAAGGCCAGCCAACCCCGAAGGUGCACCGCGAGUUUGUCGCUGAAGGUAUCUGUCACACGUGCAUCCAACUUACCCAAGCAGUCAAGGUACUAACAAUUACAGUGCUUAUCUUGUCUCAUGCGACUACGAUCAAGCCAAAAUAUCAAGCCAUGCUGCACGUUGGUCCCGUCUCACAGACAUGCGCGAUCAUCGACAUUGACCGGGAAUUUAUCCGAACGGGAGACAGAGCCACUGUCGCUUUUAAAUUUGUCCAGAGACCAGAAUAUUUAGCGCCAGGCGAUCGCCUACUUUUCCGCGAGGGCAGGACGAAGGGUCUGGGGAUCGUCAAGUCAGUCGGCUACGACCCUCAGCAUCCUCUGAGGGCAAGAUCAGACGACACACUAGGUGAAGGAGGGCAAGGCGAACAGGCGACUGCCCCUGUAGGGACCGAGGUCCGGGUUGGUGCUUAG